GGGAGUGGGGAGGGGGAAGGAAACAAAAACAAUUCAACGCCAUUUUGGACCCAGGCCUACUUCGCUAAUUAUGAAUUCCGGGAGACUUCGAGUACACCAUUCCCGUCAAAGGAGCUGAGCGUUUACAUCGUAGCUUUUCUUCCACACCCUUUACUUUUUAUGUGAAUGGCGGUUGUUUUUUCUCCUCCAAAAUCAUCCCUUGGUGGCGUUAUCGGCUCUACAUAGCUAUAUAUUUUGUCAAACAAAAAAAAAUUGACAAUCGAAGUCUAGUGUUGUCGCUUAAAUUCCCUAUCUUUUUGAAUGAAGUUACCCACUGAAGGAGGGAGAACGUUUGCUACAAGGUGGAUCGCUGCCAGCAGCAAGUCAGGAGACGUGGUGGAGUCGUAAAGAGAUUUUUUUUCUCUCGGCUGCGAUACAACGAUCGUUUUGUUCGAAUUAAUCUAUUUUUUAAAAGAAACACAUCCACAAAAAAAACAUUAUCAUGGGAGCUGGUACCAAGCUUGCUUUUGCUGUUUUUCUGGUUUCGUGCUCCUCCGACAUUUCUGCGACAAACAACGAGACAUCAGAAUGUGUGUUGCCUCCUUGGUGCCAGGGUCAAUCAAGAUUGUCUCGGAGAGAGUGCAGAAUAUUCUCGGAAGGGGAGAGGAACCAGCAGGAGGUCAUUGUACACAUUGGAACCAACAACAUAGGAACAGAAAAGAACGAGGCUUUGAGGAGAAAAGGUGCAAUCCUUGGUCGAUCUGAGAAGCAAGUAUGCAUUUUCUAUAAUGCAGACUGGGAGAAAGACCGAACAAAUCUCAGUGGGAUUGAACACUGUGAUGGUGAAAAAGAUAAACGGCGACACUGUUUUGCUACGUGGAAGAACAAUUCUGGCUCUAUAGAAAUUGUAAAACGAGGCUGUUGGCUCGAUGAUUGGAACUGCUACGACAAGGGUGAAUGUGUUGAAACAAAAGAGAGCCCUGAAGUAUUCUUCUGCUGCUGUGAAGGCAUCAAAUGCAAUGAGAAGUUUUUUUAUGUCCCAAUAAUUCAGGAACUGCCGUCAACAUCAAAUCCAGUCCCAUCAAGGCCUCCGCUGUUGACCAUUUUGCUAUAUUCACUGGUACCCAUCAUGGGGUUUGCUGUUGUUGUGUUGUUCUCUUUCUGGAUGUAUAGGCAUCACAAAUUGGCAUAUCCGCCAGUACUUGUACCAACUCAGGAUCCAGGGCCAACACCACCUUCUCCUAUGCUUGGUCUAAAACCAUUGCAGUUACUAGAACUUAAGGCCAGAGGGCGCUUUGGUUGUGUAUGGAAAGCUCAACUACUGAAUGAAUAUGUGGCAGUUAAAAUAUUCCCAAUUCAGGACAAACAGUCCUGGCAAAAUGAAUAUGAAAUAUACAGUCAACCUGGAAUGAACCAUGAAAAUCUUUUGCACUUCAUUGGUGCAGAGAAAAGAGGCACAAACAUAGAUGUGGAGUUGUGGUUGGUAACUACCUUCCAUGAAAAGGGUUCCUUGUCAGAUUAUCUUAAAGCCAACGUGGUUACUUGGAAUGAAUUAUGUCAUAUUGCCGAGAGCAUGGCAAGAGGCCUCGCUUAUCUACAUGAGGAUAAGCCUGGUUUAAAAGAUGGACACAAACCUGCUAUUGCUCACAGGGAUUUCAAAAGUAAAAACGUGUUGCUGAAGAACAAUCUCACAGCUUGUAUAGGAGACUUUGGUUUAGCUUUGCGAUUUGAAGCUGGGAAGUCAGCAGGUGAUACCCAUGGCCAGGUUGGCACCAGAAGGUACAUGGCUCCAGAAGUGUUGGAAGGUGCCAUAAAUUUCCAGCGUGAUGCUUUCCUCAGGAUAGACAUGUACUCAAUGGGUCUUGUGCUGUGGGAAUUGGCAUCACGGUGUACAGCUGCAGAUGGUCCAGUGGAUGAAUACAUGUUACCAUUUGAAGAGGAAGUAGGACAGCAUCCAUCCCUUGAAGAUAUGCAAGAAGUGGUUGUGCAUAAGAAGAUGAGACCUAUUUUUAGAGAACACUGGCAGAAGCAUCCAGGAAUGGCUGUGUUGUGUGAAACUAUAGAAGAAUGUUGGGAUCAUGAUGCAGAGGCAAGACUAUCUGCUGGUUGUGUUGCAGAACGCAUCACUCAAAUGCAAAGACUAAUGAGCACGAUUACUACAGACAACAUUGUAACAGUAGUCACCAUGGUAACAAAUGUUGACUUUCCUCCCAAAGAAUCUAGCCUAUGAUGGCUAUAAUGGUCACAAAUCAGACCAAGGGACUCUAUACCAGAGCUGCUAUCUGCUGAAUUUAUUUGACUGGUUACGACAAACAAUUCAGUGUCUUGUCCUUACACACUUAACAGAACUGGUAGCUAAUGGAAUGGCAAGCGGGCAAUGGAAGCAACGGGUACCACAGUCAGUCAGAAAUCGUGUAGAAGAUAACUUGGUUGUAGCAUGGAUCACUUGAUACUUCAGUAACCUUAUUUGAGAUACUGGAAGGUAACUGUUUUCUUCCAGCAAAGGAAGCUAAGUCGGUAUCAGAUGAAUCUUUGAGAAUAUGUCAUCGAAGAGUGCGACUCUUAAAUUUGACAACAUGAGCGUGGCUAAAAAUCAGAGUGCACCAGAUAAUUGGUUUCUUGUGAGGAUGUCACCGUUCCUCAGAUGAACUACUGUUAAUUUUUAAUAACAGUACCUUUCAUUUCAGAAAGAAGGGCAGUUCAUUUUUAUUGCAUUUGCUAUUUGCGUUCACAGAAGAACUGUUGUAAUGCCGAUAUGACAUAGCUUGUGAAUGUUCAUUGUGCUGCUGUAUAUGUAUAAACAAAUCAAGGUUUUUUGGGACAUAGCAAAGAAGCUUCAAGCAUUACAUUAUAACCAUAAACCUCCCUCAACAAGGUAUACCUCAGUUUCCAUAUUUGAUAAACUAUAUUGGUACUUUUAAGUUUGAUAACACUAACAGAUUUGAAUUGACAGUUGACCUUAAUGUAAUUUUAUGUAUUUUAUCACUGCAUUUUAAAAACAAAUGUAAACUAUACCUUUCUAUGCCACUGGGAGAAGGCCAUUCAAAAAGUGUUUCUGCCUUUUUUUUUUUACUUGUGCAAGCUCCAUGUAAUAAUUUUUAAUCAUGCAGAAGUCUGCUUUUAAUAGCUCCUUUGCUACGUGAAGUUUUGGAAAUAUCUUUUGCCCCAAAAUUGGCUUUCAAAGCACUUCCUUAUUUUAGAUUUGCUGGGUCUAUAGAGAAUUCAGAUGUAAGCAUGCUUUUCUUUUUAAACUUGCAAGAUAUAAUUAACACUGGAGGUGUUUUAAAAUUGAAUGCUUUUAUUUUGUAAAGUAAUAUAUCCUUUGUCUUCCUUUCAUUACACAUGUAAAGUAAUUUUGCAGACCUGUUAAAAGUGCAGUCAUUAGUCUACUGUGUCACUGUACCAACAUAACCUCAGGAAUUUGUUACCCUAAACCCUCUCUGUUUUGAGUUGUGGUGACAGUUCUACACUAAUUUCAGUGCCAUUUCAGUAAGUUUAAAAAGAACUUGCAGGGCAACAGAGGGACUUUUUAAAAAAUAUAUAUUAAUAUAUGCAAUAGAUACACACACAAGUCAUACUUGGUACUGACUUCUGUUCCUAAACAAUUACUAUAGUUUUAUACAAUAUAGCAAAACAGACAAAAGUCAAAACUAACCACUGCAACUGCUGCUCAAUUUACUUUUCAGGGCCUGGGAUCGGUUGUCUUUAACUAAGUGUUAACCAUGCAUUGCGUUGUUGCAGUAUAGCUAAAUGCUUCAGUACAAAAGCGCUCAAUGUGGCGUAUCACAAAUAACAUAAAACUACAUUGAUUGUGUGAGUAGUGAUUAGGUGCCAAAUGUUUUAGAUGUAUGACACUAAAGUGUUUACUGCAUUUCUGCAGUUUUAUACUUUGCAAUAGGAUUACUGAUCAAAUUGAAGACUGAUCUGACAACAUGAUAAACUGUAUAGUUACAGUUGGUUUUGAUUUCAGCAAUCAUCUAUUGUAUACAGCUGACAAAGUAUUAGUUAAAGCUGCAUUAUAUCACCAAAACAACUUAAAGUCUCUAUAAUUUCUUAAAAUCCUCAAAACCCAUUAAAAGCUAUUGUUAAGCACAAACUUGUAUCUUGGGCUAAACAUUCCUAACAUUUUAAAUUUUAAGGGAGAUUCUUUAACCUCAUCAGUUCCUGAAUUUUCAGUGCCAGUGUCCUCUCCUGAAAGUUUGUUUCAGUUGUUGGACCAUGAGCAGUUAACACUGUGUAACAAUAAUGAACUUCGCGUACCUCAGAUGAUAAAACAUAUGCUAAGGCUAUGCAAAUUUAGAAAAUCAUCAUUUUAAUAUUAUUGUUCACAGGUUUUCAAUCUAAUCAGUUCUGUCAACAAAAUAUUGAUGAGAAAUCAGUUGGAAAAUGUUAUUUCUGUCAGGUAACUGCAAUAUUAUUUAUAAGACAUUUCCUUCCCCUUAUAAAGUUAUACUGAAUUUUGUUUCCAAGAAUAUAUUGCAGCUUUAAAAAAAAGUUUUCAAAUCAGGAACUCACUGUGAAUUAAUGAUUUAUGCAUAUAUGAAGUGCUUACUAUUAAAAACGUAAAUUGCAGAGGCUCAGAACAAGAAAAUUCUGAUGUCAAAAUAGAAAAAGUCUGUCCCCAUACUCCAAGCAGAGAGGGAAAAAAGGGCAAAUGCAAUGGUGUAUAUAUUCUACAUGCCCACUUCUACAAGUUUGGAUUAGAUUGUCAGCUGGUGUCUGUCUCAAAAACACUAGUUGAUUUUUGCUAGGAGGAAUCUUCUUAACUAGGUACUUGUCUAUAGAAUGUGGUUUGUAUCAUUCAUCCAUAGAAAGACUUCUUAAUCAUUUUACAAAACAAUAAUUUUCUUAAAUUUAGACUUCAACUCAACCUUGCAAUCAGUACUUCACAGGGAGAUGUAACAGCCUUGAAAUAGGGUAAGGUUCUUAAUUAUGCAAUAUUAAUAUUUCUAUUAAGUUUAAAGAUCAUCAAACAAUUCAAUUGUAUUUUGGGCAGAAUGAUACACAUGACAUUCUAUAUUGUGUUGCUUACCUCAGAACUUGCCAACAAAGUUCUUAAAGCAGUUUGUGAUACACAUACCUCUAAACAAUGAUGUUUGCUUAAGUCUGUAUCAAUGUUCUGUGCAUCUGUGGGCACAAAUUACUGUAAUAUUUGAUACGUACUUAGGAUGCUUUUGCAAAUACUUUGCAACUGGAAAGCCAGGAAAUCACCUGGGUUGAGAGAUGGAAGAGAUUGUUAAGUAUUGUACAGAAACAUUUGCUGUUCCCCUAAGAAUAAACUGUAUAGUGACUGCUGUAUGACCUACAUUCUAAA